ACCCUAAGAACCAUCCUAGGGUUUUUGGUCAGGGCGGCGGCUUAGCGAUGGUGAAGGGAAACAAUGUCAUUCCCAAUCAGCAUUUCAAGAAGGAUUGGGAGAAGCUGGUGAGGACAUGGUUCAAUCAGCCGGCGCGCAAGGUCCGCAGAAGAAAGGCCCGGUCGAUCAAGGCUGCCAAGAUCUUCCCUCGCCCGCCAUCCGGCCCUCUGCGCCCGGUGGUCCACUGCCCGACCGUCAAGUACAACAGCAAGGUGAAAUACGGCCGAGGGUUCUCGCUGGAGGAGCUCAAGGUAGGAAUUUCUCUUCCAUUCUUUGCUUGUAGCUCACUGUUGGAGAUCCAGGAAGCUGGGAUCUCCAAGAAGCUCGCUCGCACGAUUGGAAUCGCCCUGGAUCACAGGAGGAAGAACCGGAGCCUCGAGAGCUUGCAGACGAAUGUCCAGCGAUUGAACACGUACAAGACGAAGCUCAUCGUCUUCCCACGCAAAGCUAAGAAAACAAAGAUGGGCGAUUCGCAACCCGAGGUUCUGAGCACUGCGACGCAGUUCCAAGGGCCAGUGCUGCCAAUUGUUCCAAAGAAACCCGAGGUCGGCAUUGUCACAGUGACCGACGAGAUGAAGGCCGUGAAAGCUUAUCAGAAGCUCCGGAUCGAGCAGACCAACAAGCGUCUCGUUGGAAUCCGCGCGAAGAAGGCUGCCGAGGCCGAGAAGGAAGAAGGGAAGAAGUAAACAAACCAGAGCUAUCCAUCAAAAAUGGUUUUUUUGUUGUCUCAAAGUACGGGCAUUCACUUU